GAUUCAUUCCAGUUAACACGGGUAAUUGCCCCCAUCUCCUCAUUCAUAUAUGAAGCCACCCUGAUAGUUAGGUACGUAGGUCGUUGCAAUCAUUUUGAGGGCUUUGCUCCAUCAUCUCCUCUUGCCUGCCUUUUCUCCUGUACUUGGACCUUCGUUUUCCCUCUGAAGCACUGCUCGUUUGGGGUGCUCCAUUGCCAAAGCAAGAGCAGCAGCAGCAGCUGGCGUUACACUUCAUCCAGAAUGAAUAAUAUAGCAGAAAUGGAAGCCUUGGAGCGCGUAUUUAGUGAUGCAAGUGCAAAGCCGAUCAAACUAUCAUAUGGACUUCUCGAAAUUAUUACGGAGAAUUUUUCGAACGAAAUUGGCCGUGGUGGGUUUGGAGUUGUUUACAAGGGAUAUCUACGAAAUGGGGAGGUUGCUGUGAAGAAGCUCUCCAAUCCGCAUGCUUUGCCUGAUAGGAAAUUCCUGGAUGAGAUCACGUGUUUAAAAAAGGCAAAGCACAUAAAUAUAGUAAGAAUUCUGGGUUAUUGUUCAGAAACGCAGGGGGAGUUGCUUGAAAUCAAUGAAAAACAUAUAAUGGCAGAGAUACAGAAAAAGUUGAUCUGCUUUGAGUAUGUUCCUAAUGGAAACAUUCAACACUAUUUGAAACAAGAGAGACAUCAUGGAGACGAUUGGCAUGUACGCUACCAAAUGAUUGUAGGGAUUUGUCAAGGGCUGCACUAUCUGCAUGAGAAAUACAUUAAUCACUUGGAUUUGAAACCUGAAAAUGUUUUGUUGGAUGCUGAUAUGAAGCCAAAAGUUACAGAUUUUGGUUUGUCAAGAUGCCUAGAUCAAGGACAAUCUAUUAUUACACAAAACAUACUUGGAACACCGCGGUAUAUUGCACCAGAAAUCAUAGACAAAGGAGAAAUAUCAUUUAAGUCUGACAUUUACGCUUUUGGUAUUAUUACCAUAGAAUUAUUAACAGGGAUCAGCAAAGCAAAUCUUGACAAUUGGGAUAAAUUAUUAGACAUGGACUGUCCACGAAUGAGGAGGUGCAUUGAAAUCGCUCGAAAGUGCACCGACCCUGACAAACGCGAAAGACCCACCGCACGUGAAGUAAUCCGUGACCUGGACGAGCUGGAGAGCAUGGUUCCAUGGUCCUCCAUGAACCAGGUCACCCCCACUGUUGUCCCUGGAAAUGAGGUACUCGAUGUGUACCCGCUGGAGCUCAGGUUUCCCUUCGUGCCAAACAAGGAGAUGCGUUGCCACUUGACCACGACCACCAAGACAGAUUGUUUUGUCUUCUGUAUGCUCGUACCUGGAGUUCCGGAUAGAUACUCGGGUGACUUGGUAGGCAUUGUACCUGGAAUGUGCACUUCCGUUACCCCAGUAGUAAGGCAGGCGGAAGAGGAGCUUCCCUCAGGCACGGACGAGUUGGAGGUACUGUUCUGGCUCACAGGGUGCAAUGAUCCCGACAAACUCGCACUUCAGCUAUCAGCAUUAUCAGUGUACCCUGGUUCGCCCUCUCAAUAUGAAUUAAAGGCGGCAUUCCAUGAGCUUGGGUGGGAGCUACACCGGACGACGUUGACAGCGGUCGUCGUCGCCCCCGAGGAUGAUGAUCUAGCUCUAGUGGUGAAUACUCCGUGCAAAGAAGAAGAAUUUUUUUAUUCUAUCGAUUGCAUGGAUGUGCAUCCUACGGAGCCCUGGGUUGCAAUCUUUGCUAAAAAUAGAAAGGGUGUUUACCUUUGGAACUGGCAGACCAAUGAGAAAAUAGGAGAAUGUAACUCUGGUGUUGAUAUAUUGGGAUCUGAUUGUGAUGGAGAGAUGCUCGUGACCAAAUUUAUCUCUAGAAAGCAAUGGGUCGUAAUCGGGAACUCAGACGGGUUUAUCCUUGUGUGCACGUGUCCUUCAAUGGACCAAGUCACACAUUUCAAAGCUCACCGUGAUAGUCUCGGUUUAUUGGCAGUUCACCCAACUCGCCCGUUCCUGUUGUCGUGUAACAACAUGAAGAUGAAGAUUUGGGACUGGAACCGUGGCUGGUCUUGUAUUGGAAAAAUUCAUAGCACUAGCCGGGUGACACAAGUCAUGUUUAACCCCAGGAAUACUAACGAUUUCGCUACUCACCAUCAUGAUGGGAUUGUCAAGAUGUGGAGAAUUGAUCAUCCCGACCCCGUCGGCACAACGCACCGCCUACAUGACAUGUAUGAGACUGCUAGCAGCUCUUUCACUUACACGGGUGAUCGGUAUUUCAUUGCUGCCAUCCACAACAGCAAGAAUGUUGCGCUGACCAUAUGGGAUUUGCAGAAAGAAGAACAUGUCUACACACUCACCACUGACGAGGUGACUGUUGCCGCCGUUUGCCAUCCAACACUUCCAGUAUUAGUUACGGUUUCAAAUGGCGGGACUAUUCAUGUGUGGGACUCCACUACCUACAGGCUUAAGAAGGUCUAUGAGAAUUGUCCAAAGGACCCUAUUCAUAUCGGUUUUACAGGCUCAGAAAGGCUUGUGAUUGGACAUAGCAAGGGAAUAUCAGUAUUGGAUAUUGAUCUGGAAUAGGAGGUGGAUCUCAGUGAUGCCUGCACAGAGUGUAGUGUUCCGGUUACAUAUCUCUUUGAAUUAGCUCUCAUCAAUUCAAAUUCAAAAUUUCAGUUUAUAUGUAAGUUUAUUUGCCGCAACAGGCUGACCUAAUUCCCUAUGUAACUGCUCUGCCUCUGGAUUGAAUUACAAUUACACCAUCAUUUUGGUCGACGUAUACUGUAACUCACUGACAUUGUGAUGAUUGCAUCCAUAAAUUGCUGCACAUUCAUUC